AUGGUCCAGCAGGCGCCGCAAAACGCCACAGGCGCCCGCGCCUGCGAAUUCUCUGACGUGGUCGUGAUCUGCCCUGAGUGCGAGGGCAGCCACGGCGACGGCGGCGACGGGGGCGGCUCGGGGGACUCCGCGCGGGCUGCGGCGGCCCGCGCCGCGAGUGCGGCGUGGGGGCAGCGGCCGGUGUCGGCGGACUGGCUGGUGGCGUCGGCGGCGGCGUACCAGGUGCAGCCGCUGGAGCCGUACAGGCUGUGA